GCCAUUUCUGUCACAUUGCUGCGUCCUUUGGCAGCUUUGCAGCAUGUUUGCUCUCCCUUCAUUUUGCUGCCAUUUUGUGCAGCCUUUCAUUUUCAUUUGCUGCUACUUUUGCAGCUUGAACACCGCAGCUCCAACAACCUCCACAAAAUCACCAGCCUCCCCCGCUUUUCUCUGCUUCUGCUCAAACGCCACAACACCGGGCUCCACCGCACCGAAAUCCGAUCUACUACUCCUGACUUCGUACUCGAACACCGGACGGCGCGAUGGUGAUGAUGAUACCGUUUAUUAUAACAUACAGAAACAGCAGCCGGAGCCAGGAAGCCACCGAAGUGGCCUAUGUCAUCCUUCUGGGUCUGCACUUUUAGGAGCUUCUAUUGAAACUGAUUCUAAAUUUUACAAAGCUCCUGCUGAUGCAGUUAAGCAGCUGUGUCUUCGUUACGCAAAAUUGGGGGAGGAUUAUGGUCUAGCAAAGCGAGCUAUGAAGGUGUAUGAUGAGGCAACCAAGCAUGGAAAUGAAGAUACCUUCAGAGAAAGGCUAAGGAUCGAAAGAGUUGUUCCGACUGAUGGAGGGAUGAAGCCGGUUGCCACUGAAGACAUUGAUAUGCGGGAAGAAAGUGAUUCUAAAGAUGAAGAAAGAGUUGAAAUUGCACAGAAAGAUGUUCCAUCCGCUCUAUUUGGAGGUCUUGCUCGGAAGAGGGACGAUUGUGACAGAGAUGGGGAAGAUGAUACUGUACCAGCCAAAGAUAGGGAAAGUGAGAGCCGUUUAGGAGCUCCUGAGAGAAUAAAGAGACAGAAAAAGACUUUGGUUUUAGUUACUAACCUCGUCUAAUUUUGAUUGCUGAUAUCAUUUUUUCAUUUACGACACUAGUACUCUUUAAGCAUUUCUGACAUGCAUUAAGCAGCUGCCUGCCUGAACAUACCGAGAUUAUGAGUUAUUC